CGGGCCGUCGGGGUGUGUCCUUUGCCAGAGGUUGUAUAGGUUCUCCGGCGCCCAGCUCUGUCCUGAAGUUCAGCAUGCCUCCGUAGUUCGACUGGCAUUGAGACACACCAUACGCGGGAGUGCCCGCUUGACAUUGUACACGCCGACGUCGCGCAUCGUGGCCGGGGUCCGUACGACGAGAAGGUCAGACCCGGAGAGAGGACGGAGCGGAAAAUCCAAGGACAAUUCAAAUUUCCCUAUUCCGCGUUCAGUGACCGUGACGUGACGUCCAUUGUUCUCCUCGACCGCCAUCGCGCAUCGGGAACUUCGGAUAUAGACACACCAUACCACUAUCUGUUGUGAUUGCAGGACGCGACAUAUCUAUCUACGAAUAUGGAGCGACCUUUUACGCCGUCAGCGCGUCCGCGGAGGAAUAACCUGACCUUAUCCACGAAGGAAUACAACAAGGUCUCGGGAACGAUAGCCUCAGUAAGAAGACACCGCCAACAGUACGAAGAUAUACCGGAGACAUCGAACGGCCACGCGUACGCAUCGCGAGACAGCGGCCGGCACCAUACCCGAAAUCAUCAUGAACCCUCUUUCAUUGAAGAGACUUCCUUUGUGAGGGCACCCCUCAACUCACGCGUCACGUCGGGCGUCGCGUCUGCGAUCGGGAAGGGGAAGGCGCGCCAGGAAGCGCUGGACCACGUACCGAUCGAGAUCCAGGAGGCGAUGAUCCUGGAGGACCUGCUCUACGUACUCAUGGGCAUCGAAGGCACGCACAUCACCCACCACCCAGAUUACAGCCCCGAAGACGACGACCCGCUGCAGGGCAUUCGCUUCGUGCCCUCGCCCUCCCUCGACGCAUCCCUGCGCGAUCUCGUCGAGCGCAUUCUCCCCCUCGGCACAUACUAUACCGCGAUCACCGCGUUCAUCGAGCAGCGGAGCGUGCUCGACUAUGGGCUCGUCAACCAUGCCUUGUGCGCGUCGAUCCGUGGUAUGCUCAAGGACUACCAGACGCUCCUCUCGCAGCUAGAACACGCGUUCAAUACCUCGCCGCAGUUUUCGCUACAGAAACUUUGGUUCUACGUGCACCCGACCGUGCACACGCUCUCGCUCAUCUACCACCUCAUCCUCGAGCUCGGCGCGGCGGAUAACGCGCCACCGGACUACUCUUCUUCGGGCUCGUCGGAGGACUCUGCCGACGCUGAGCUCGCUGCACGCGAUGAGGCGCUCGGGAUGGGUGGCGCGAAGCUGAAGGCCGUGUUGUCGGAAGCGGUUGCAGGGACUGGCGACGAGGAUAUAUUGGUCAAGGGUGGGGAAGUGUUGAGCAUAUUGCACGACCGAAUGCAAGCGAUGAGCGGCGACCCGACUGCGACCGUUGUGUAUGGAACACUCCUGAGGGAUGCUGGGCGACCAUACGUGACGAUGCUUCGCGUAUGGAUCCGAACUGGACGCCUCGACGAUCCGUAUGAAGAGUUCCUGGUCAAGGAGAGCAGAUUCAUCAACCGCGGAAUACUCGAGAUGGACUACACUGACGAAUACUGGGAGCGACGGUAUACGCUUCGUGAUGGGUCAACAGUAUCUGGAGCGAAGCGUCAACAUGCUGGUAUACCUCCACCGCGACCAAUGACAGGCCGGAUGCCUGGCGGCGCGUGCAUACCACCCGCACUCGACCGCUGGAAGCACAAGAUUCUGCUCGCUGGAAAAUACCUGAACGUCAUCCGCGAGUGCGGCAUCGAGAUCACCCAGGAUCCUGCGCAGACCAACGAAGACGACCUCGCCAUGGACGAUGACCAACUAUACGCCUUCCUCGAUGCCGCCUACACCCACGCCAACCGCACCCUCCUCCAACUCCUCAUCCGAGACCAGGCCCUCAUCCCCCGCCUCCGCUCCCUCAAGCGCUUCUUCUUCCUCGCGCAGUCCACCUUCCUCACUCACCUCCUCGACCUCGCGCACACCGAGCUGCGCAAGUCAGCGAAGUCAGCGAGCAUCGUCAAGUUGCAAAGCCUGCUCGAUCUAGCGCUGAACACGGACAUGCAGGGCGAGGACGCUGCGUAUCGGGAGGACGUGCGGGUGACAAUGGCGGGUAGCGGGCUCUACGAGUGGCUGAUUAAGGUCGUGAGUGUUAGCGGGGUGGGCGGCUUGGCCGGUGGAGGUGACGAGUAUGAGGCGAAUGGACAUCAUAUGGUUGAUGACCAUGGGGGCGGUAGUGCGCGGAAGGAUAAGAAAGAUGAGAAGCCAAUGUUGGCCAUCGACGCCCUCACCCUCGAUUACACCGUCAAGUUCCCGCUCUCCCUCGUCAUCUCUCGCAAGACCAUCCUCCGCUAUCAGCUCCUCUUCCGCUUCCUCCUCCACCUCAAGCACGUCGAGCAGUCGCUCUCCGCCAUGUGGAUCGAGCAGAAGGCCGCGCCCUGGCGCCGCGCCGUGCCCUCGCACCCGGAGUUCGAGCGCUGGCGCUCGCGCGUGUUCCUCCUCCGCGCACGCAUGCUAUCGUUUGUGCAGCAGAUCCUCGCGUUCGCGACGUUCGAAGUGCUCGAGCCGAACUGGCGGGAGCUGGAGCGCAAGUUGGAGAAGGUGCAGACGGUGGACCAGCUGUUGAGGGACCAUGUCGAUUUCUUGGAUACGUGCUUGAAGGAGUGCAUGUUGACGAGCUCGAAGUUGUUGAAGGCCUACUCGAGACUGUUGACAACGUGCUCGACGUUCGCGUUGUACUCCGCAUCGUUCUCCAAGUCCGUCAACCAGGCGAUCGCCGCCGCUGAUGCGAACGAGGAUGACCCCGGGAUGGCGAAGCGGUUGGAUUUCUUGAACAAGUUUGAGACAAACUUCAAUCACUGGUACGCGAUUCAUCUCGACUGCGUGCAGUUCUACGCGUCCAGCGAAAACGUCUCCCUCCUCCCUCUUGUCGUGCGGCUCAGCAGCAUCAAGGCGUCAAUGUAGGCUCUUCCGACUUGCAAGUUAUCUCCAUCCGGGAAGCACGGUCUACUCCUCGGACGCUUGCUGUGUCCUUUCGCUAAAUCUACUGGCACCGAACUCUUGUCCCUCCCUGUAUGUUUAUCUGCUAUGUCGCUGUCUUCGCUUUCCAACGAAAAGGUCGCGUCGCUGUAUACUAAUCAGUAUCUAUAAUGAUACCCCUGCUUUCUCAGUAUGCGCGAUCAGCCCUGCUCGAAUGCAUUACCUCUUCCCGUCGCAGCGGCAACUGCCUCCAACUCCAGACUCCAAUGACGAAGAGUCGAACCAAGCCACCUUUUCCGGGGCAACCUCACGAAGAACUCAACGCGUUCAGGUCGGGCGCUGCUACGAAUCACAUAUGGCAUUCAGAGGGUUCCUUCAACGAGC